GCUGCAAAUGAUAUCAGUACGAGGAAAAGAAGCGAAGAGGUUUGGCGAACUCUCUCUCGCUCAGCAAAUGCAGCGACUGUGCGCGAGGCAGGACCACCUCCUGGAGGAGGGCGAGUCGGAGACCGAUUCGGUGACCGAGACCAUGCGGUGCAUAUCCUGCAAGGAGGAGUACGUCACGAGCGACGCCGGCACGUGCAAGGAGUGCUACGAGGAGGCCAGCGAGACCGAGGAAGAGCUCAAGCGAGAGAUCGAGGACUUGAAGGCCAAGGUCAACUUCUUGAGGUUCUGGUCUCCGACCGACCACCGCCAUGACCUCAGUGGUCGCUCCCAUGGACCUGGGUUCACUGACGUCGUCUUGGUCGCCGCGGAGGACGGUCUCUUUGGAGGCCCGUCUAUGCCGGUACCGGCUCACAAGGCCAUUCUGGCUAACCGGUCCCCAGUGUUUAAAGCAAUGCUUGAGAAUGAGAUGGAAGAAAGCCGAAGUGGGACCAUUAAGAUAAGUGACGUGUCCUAUGAUGCCCUCCGUGCAUUUGUCAACUAUUUUUACUCUGCCGAAGCAUGCGUCGAUGAACAAAUGGCUUGUGAGCUGCUAGUAUUGGCUGAAAAGUACCAGGUUAAGCACCUCAAAGCUUAUUGUGAGAAGUUCUUGGUGUCCAAGUUGAAUUGGGACAACUCGAUCAUAAACUAUGCCUUUGCGCACCAGCACAAUGCGAAACUUCUCCUGGAGGCCUCGUUGUCAUUAAUCAUGGACAAUAUGGAUAAACUCAGAAAACGUCAAGAAUAUGCGGAACUCGUUGAAAAGCACCCCAGCCUUGUGGUGGAGAUAUUAGAAGCAUGUCUUGCAAAGCAGGAAAACACUGCAGCACCUAAGGAUGCUUCUGCAAAGUCAUAGUUUGCAUAGUCUUGUCUUGUACCGGUAACUGUUGAUGAGAAGAAUCGGUUGGGAGAAUGACUUUUCAACUUUAUGGAAUUUGGAGUUUGAAAGAACAGGUUGGAUAUUCUGCAUGGUAUGUUGAUAGAUCUCUUUGCCUAUGUAUUAAUCAGGUAUACAACCUCCAGCGUCAACGCUUUGGUAUUGUUUUCGCGA